AUGAAGCUUUUCACAUAUCUUACCCUGCUGACAGCAACGGUGCUGGCGACACCCGUUGUGAAAGCACCAAAGGAGUUCCACUUGAAGACUGCUGGUGCUAAGAACGCCAAGCACAACAACCUCUUUAUCUAUACCUACCACACAGGUGCCGGAUUUAACGACGCCGUUCUCGAUAAGGAUGGCACUAAUGCCAGCCGUGUUUAUCUCAAUGGUACACAGGCUCUUGUUGACUUAGAUACGGAAUAUCCUUGGGGUUUCAUCGUCCCCGGAGAUACCAACUAUGCCUCCUGGGAGGCCAUCGAAAUCAACGCUGGUGGCGGAAAUGAUGGAUUCUCUAUCAAAAAUGGCAACUUUGUAUGGUCUGAAGCAUCUGGUUUUGGAGGUUGGCUAGUUUGUGAUUGGUAUCAUAAUGCCCCCCAGCUGUUCUACCUGAACAAAUAUUAUACCCCUGUUAUCCCCUCUAGCUGCAGCAAGGUCCAGCUCAAGCCAAUCUACGUCAAAUAA